AUGUCCGAGACAAUCUGUCUCCCCCACAAACCCGAUGCCCCGCUGUCUUACCAGUUCGUGCCGGGACAGGGCCCCUUGUCAACCACGCAUCUCGUCGUCUACCUCAACGGACUCAUCGCCCCCCAGUCUGGCUGGCGUGCAACCAUACAGCAUCUUCAACGACGAUGGAACAAAGGAAGCCGCAGCACUAAUCACCCGCCGCUACUUACCUACGACCGCUACGGCCAGGGCGAGUCCGCGCGCGAUCCUGCCGACGACCAGCACGGCGGGAGCCAUGACAUGUGCGAGGUCGUCGCGGACCUGCACGUCUUGGCGCAAGAGAUAUGGCGCGCCAAGAUAAGAAAAGAUAUCUCGAAUGGAGAUGGCGCGGUCCAAGUGCCCAAGUUGAUCUUCGUCGCCAACAGCAUCGGCUGCGUCAUUGGUCGUUUCUACGCCAAGACGUAUCCGGGCUCUACGGCGGCACUGCUAUUCCUCGACAGCAACAUCGCCAACAGCGACCUAGUGUCCCUCUUCCCGGACCCCGACGCGCCAGGCUUCAACCCGGCCAUACUCCCCCCGGACUCGACGGUCGCAGACCUGCGCCGCACGCGCGCCGGCUACGCCGCGCACUUCCAGCCGUCGGCGCCAAACCCGGAGCAUCUGGACCGGCGCAACAUCGCGUCGCUGCUGCCGCUUUCCGACGCGCCGCCGCUGCAGGGGCCCGACGAAAAGCCGGGGCCGUGGAUCACGGUGGUAGGGCAUGACUGGGAGACCUUUGCCGAGGAGGGCUUGCGAGGGUCCAUGAACGUGCCCAAGGGUCUGACGAACGCGUACAUGAACCCGCCCUGGGCCGACUACAACGGGGGGCUCGCGCGCCUGACGAGCGCGGACAGGGCGCGCGGUCCGCUAAUAGCGACGGGGUGUGGCCAUUUCAUACAGAAGGAUGAUCCGGCGCUGGUUGCGGGACUUACGGACGACUUGCUACAGAAGAUCGAGGCGGGUGGUGCGACAUAG